UUAAUUAUGUAAAGCAUGAUUUCAAACUGAAAUCUACAAAACAGUUUACAUUUUAAAAAGUCUAGCUUCCAUCCCUUGGUUAGUCUACCCAAUUUCCUAUAGGUAACUACUGCCAUUAACCACUGCUGCUUUUAUUUGUAUAAAUGUGUAUAGAUACGUAUGUAUUAAAUAUGUAUUGUAUAUAUGUACACAAAUUUGUAUGUUUUAGGGAAAGAGUUCUAUAAAUGGAAUUGCUUGUUAAAGGUAAAUGCUAAGUAAUAACAGAUUCCUUUUUAGAGUUGUUUAUAUUGUUGCUUGUAAUAUAUGACAGUGCCUGUUUAUUUCUCCUUUGCUUUGUUAGUGUAUGUUUUAAACUUGUAUUUUUACCAAUUAGGUUGGAGAAAAAUCAAUAUAGUUUUAAUUUAUGUUUCUCAUAUAUGUGAGAUUAGGCCUCUCCUGUGCUUAAGUGUGAUUUUUUUGUGAACUCUGCCCAUCCUCUCCACCCCUGCCCUUUUGUUGGUCUUUUUCUUCUAAGUCUCUAUAUUUUAUUUUAGAGAAACAAGUUGAGUAUUCUUUAUCCAAAAUGCUUGGGAUCAGCAGUGCUUAAGAUUUCAUAUUUUUUUUGAUUUGAGGAUAUUUGCAUAUACAUAGUGAGAUAUCUUGGGGGGGAUGGGACCCAUAUCUAAAUAUGAAAUUUGUGUAUGUUUCAUAUAAAGUGCAUAUGAAGCCUGAAGGUAAUUUUACACACUUUUUGUGGUUUGCGUUUUCACUGAAGUCUGUCAGAUGAAUUUUCCUCAGGUUAGCAUCAUAUUGGUGCUCAAAGUUUCAGAUUUUGGAGUUUUGGAUUAAGGAUUCUCAUCCUGUAAUAGCCUUUUAUUAUGUCAAGUACUGGUAAUUUCAUUUGUCUGUUUUUAAAUAAACUUAUUUUUUCGAACACUUCCAGGAUCGUAGCAAAACUGAAUGAAAAGUGUAGAGAUUUUACAUGUACCCUGUCUUUGAUAAAUUUGUUAAAAUCAGUGACAUAACACUCAUGGUAGAAGUUUGAUUAUUUAUCCAUUUGCCUACCGAAGGACAUGUUGGUUGCUUCCAAGUCUUAGCAGUUGUGAACAGGCUACUGUAAACAUCUGUGUGUAGGUUUUUGUAUUCACAUGAAUUUUCAACUCCUUUGGUUAAGAACUGCCAAACUUUUCCAUAUUAAAUGAAUCAUUUUGCAUCCCCACCAGCAAUGAUUAAGUUCCUGUUGCUCUACAACUUGUGCCAGCAUUUGGUGUUGUCAGUGUAUUGAAUUUUUGCUACUCAGAUAGGUGUGUAAUGGUAUUUCUUGUUUAAUUUGUAAUUUCCUUAAUGAUAUAGGUGUUGAACAUCUUUUCAUAUGCUUAUUUGCCAUCUGGCUGUCUUCUCUGAUAAGAGAAAGAAUCUUCGAGAGGGAGACACAGGGACAAGGAAGACAUAAAAAUCACUAAGGAAAGAACUCCAGAAAGUGAAGAAGAAAAUGUAGAAUGGGAAACUAAUAGAGAUGAUUCUGACAAUGGUGAUAUUAAUUAUGACUAUGUUCAUGAGUUAUCAUUGGAAAUGAAGCGUCAGAAGAUACAGAGGGAAUUAAUGAAGCUGGAGCAAGAAAACAUGGAGAAGAGAGAAGAAAUCAUCAUUAAAAAGGAGGUUUCACCAGAAGUGGUUAGAUCAAAAUUGUCUCCAUCACCUUCUCUAAGAAAGUCUAGCAAAUCUCCAAAGCGAAAAUCAAGCCCCAAGUCAUCUUCAGCUAGCAAGAAAGAUAGGAAGACAUCUGCAGUAUCGUCUCCUUUGUUGGACCAGCAGAGGAAUUCAAAAGGCAACCAAAGUAAAAAGAAAGGGCCACGUACUCCCAGUCCACCCCCUCCUAUACUAGAAGAUAUUGCUCUGGGGAAAAAAUACAAAGAAAAGUAUAAAGUGAAAGAUAGGAUAGAAGAAAAACCAAGAGAUGGAAAGGAAAGAGGACGGGACUUUGAAAGGCAAAGAGAAAAAAGAGACAAGCCAAGAUCUACUUCCCCAGCAGGACAGCAUCAUUCCCCUAUAUCUUCUAGACAUCACUCAUCGUCCUCACAGUCAGGAUCGUCUAUUCAAAGACAUUCUCCUUCUCCUCGUCGGAAAAGAACUCCUUCACCAUCUUACCAGCGGACGUUAACUCCAUCUUUACGACGUUCUGCUUCUCCUUAUCCUUCACAUUGUUUGUCUUCUCCUCAGAGAAAGCAAAGCCCUCCAAGACACCGCUCUCCAAUGCGAGAGAAAGGGAGGCACGAUCAUGAACGGACUUCACAGCCACAUGAUCGGCGUCAGGAAAGGCGGGAAGAGACUAGAGGAAAAAGGGAUAGAGAAAAAGACACAAGAGAAGAACGAGAAUAUGAACAGGAUCAGAGUUCUUCUAGAGACCACAGAGAAGACAGAGAACCUCGAGAUGGUCGAGACCGGAGAGACACUAGAGACCGCAGGGAACUAAGAGAUUCCAGAGACAUCCGGGAGUCUAGGGAGAUGAGGGAUUAUAGCAGAGACACAAAAGAGAGCCGCGAUCCCAGAGAUUCUCGGUCAACUCGUGACUCCCAUGACUACAGGGAUCGUGAAAGUCGCGACACUCAUCGAAAGGAAGAUGCAUACCAGGAAGAAUCCCGGAGUUACAGCAGAAAUCACUUGAGAGAAGAAAGUUCUCGUUCUGAAAUAAGGAAUGACUCCAGAAAUGAGUCUCGAAGUGAAAUUAGGAACGACCGGAUGGGCAGAAGUAGGGGCAGAGGUCCAGAGAUACCUGAAAAGGGAAGUCGAGGCACAAGAGGUUCUCAGAUUGAUAGUCACAGUAGUAGUAGCAACUAUCAUGACAGCUGGGAAACUCGAAGUAGCUAUCCUGAAAGAGACAGAUAUCCUGAAAGAGACAACAGAGAUCAAGCAAGGGAUUCUUCCUUUGAGAGAAGACAUGGAGAGAGAGACCGGCGUGACAACAGAGAAAGAGAUCAAAGACCAAGCUCACCAAUUCGACAUCAGGGAAGGAAUGACGAGCUUGAGCGUGAUGAAAGAAGAGAGGAACGAAGAGUAGACAGAGUGGAUGAGAGAAGAGAUGAAAGGGCUAGAGACAGAGAUAGAGAACGAGAACGAGACAGAGAGCGGGAGAGAGAGAGGGAACGUGAACGGGAUCGAGAAAGAGAAAAAGAAAGAGAGCUAGAAAGAGAGCGAGCUAGAGAACGGGAGAGAGAAAGAGAAAAAGAAAGAGAUCGUGAAAGAGAGAGAGAUCGUGACCAUGAUCGAGAGAGGGAAAGAGAAAGGGAGCGAGACAGGGAAAAAGAGAGGGAGCGAGAGAGAGAAGAAAGGGAGAGGGAAAGAGAGCGAGAACGGGAGAGAGAGAGAGAACGAGAACGGGAACGAGAAAGAGCUCGAGAAAGGGAUAAAGAACGAGAACGUCAAAGGGAGUGGGAAGACAAAGACAAGGGACGAGAUGACCGCAGAGAAAAGCGAGAGGAUAUCCGAGAAGAUAGGAAUCCCAGAGAUGGACAUGAUGAGAGAAAAUCAAAGAAGCGCUAUAGAAAUGAAGGCAGUCCCAGCCCUAGGCAGUCACCAAAGCGCCGACGUGAACAUUCCCCUGAUAGUGACACCUACAAUAGUGGAGAUGAUAAAAAUGAAAAACACAGAAUCUUGAGCCAGGUUGUACGACCUCAAGAAUCUCGUUCUCUCAGCCCAUCACACCUCACAGAAGAUCGACAGGGUAGAUGGAAAGAGGAGGACCGUAAACCAGAAAGAAAAGAGAGUUCAAGGCGCUAUGAAGAGCAAGAACUCAAAGAGAAAGUUUCUUCUGUAGAGAGACAGAGAGAACAGCUAGACAUCAUGGAAAGCUCAAGAGCACGUGCACAAGACCUGCUAAGCCACCACCAGUCUGAAGAUCGCGAGGCAUCUGAUCGUGCCCAUGAUGAAAGUAAGAAAAAGGCAAAACUUCAAAAGAAACCUAUUAAGAAAAAGAAAGAGGAUGAUGUUGGAAUAGAGAGGUGUAACAUUGAGACAAUAUCUGAAGAUGGUCAAGUAUUCUCACCUAAAAAAGGACAGAAGAAGAAAAAUGUUGAAAAGAAACGUAAAAGAUCCAAAGGUGAUUCUGAUAUUUCUGAUGAAGAAGCAAUCCAGCAAAGUAAGAAGAAAAGAGGCCCACGGACUCCGCCUAUGACAGCUAAAGAGGAAUUGGUUGAAAUUUCCAGUGAUAAGGAUGGCAUACUGGAGGAUCCUCUGAAGAAGGAGGAUACAGCCUUCAGUGACUGGUCUGAUGAGGACGUGCCUGACCGUACAGAGGUGACGGAAGCAGAACAUGCUGUCACUUCUGCCACUGCUGGUAGCACCUCUUCCCCUCUGUCUUCUCUUCUCCCUCCUCCGCCUCCUGUGGCCACUGCCAAUGCUGCAAGUGCUGCUCUCACCUGCACUGCUAUUAGUGCAACUACCACUUCUACUGCCCCCAUCUCUACCUCUUCUACCUCCUCCAGUGCCACUGCUGCUUUUGCUGGUGAAGAUUCACAUAGAAAAUGUCACAGGACACGAGUAGAAAAAGUAGAGGCAGCACCUCAUGUGACUGUAGAGGAUACAUCACAUCGCAAGCCAGUGGACCAGAAGAGGAGCAGCAGCCUUGGGAGCAAUCGGAGUAAUCGUAGCCACACCUCUGGUCGCCUGCGCUCCCCAUCCAAUGAUUCUGCUCAUCGAAGUGGGGAUGACCAAGGUGGUCGAAAGAGAGUGCUGCAUAGUGGUUCAAGAGAUAGAGAAAAAACAAAAAGCCUGGAAGUAACAGGAGAGAGAAAAUCUAGGAUUGAUCAGUUAAAGCGUGGAGAACCUAGUCGAAGUACUUCAUCAGAUCGCCAGGAUUCUAGAAGUCAUAGCUCAAGAAGAAGUUCUCCUGAGUCAGAUCGGCAAGUCCAUUCAAGAUCUGGGUCAUUUGAUAGCAGAGAUAGGCUUCAAGAACGAGAUCGAUAUGAGCAUGAUAGAGAACGGGAGAGAGAGAGGAGAGAUACAAGACAGAGAGAAUGGGACCGAGAAGCUGAUAAAGAUUGGCCGCGGAACAGAGAUCGAGAUAGAGUACGGGAACGAGAGAGAGAACGAGACAAAAGAAGAGACUUGGACAGGGAAAGAGAGAGACUAAUUCCUGACUCUGUGGAAAGGGAGAGAGACAGAGACAGAACUUUUGAGAGUUCUCAAAUAGAGUCUGUGAAACGCAAUGAAGUAAAACUGGAGAGUGAACAUGAAAGAGACCUAGAUGGUAGUUCCCGAGACUCUGUAGCUUUGGAUAAAGAAAGAAUGGAUAAAGAUGUGGGGUCUGUGCAGGGAUUUGAAGAUAUGAGUAAAGUUGAGAGAACAGAGAGUGUGGAAGCAGGAGAUGAUGAAUCCAAGCUAGAUGACGCACAUUCAUUAGGUUCUGGUGCGGGAGAAGGGUAUGAGCCAAUUAGUGAUGAUGAACUAGAUGAAAUUCUAGCAGGUGAUGCAGAAAAAAGAGAAGAACAGCAGGAUGAGGAGAAGAUGCCAGAUCCAUUAGAUGUGAUAGAUGUGGAUUGGUCUGGUCUUAUGCCAAAGCACCCAAAAGAACCACGAGAGCCUGGGGCUGCACUCUUAAAAUUUACACCUGGAGCUGUUAUGCUGAGAGUUGGGAUUUCUAAAAAGUUGGCAGGUUCAGAGCUCUUUACUAAAGUCAAAGAAACAUGUCAGAGACUUUUAGAAAAACCUAAAGAUGCAGACAGUGUUUUUGAACAUGAAUUGGGAGCUCUCAACAUGGCUGCAUUACUACGAAGAGAAGAAAGAGCAAGUCUUCUUAGUAAUCUUGGACCAUGUUGUAAAGCACUGUGUUUCAGACGGGAUUCUGCAAUCCGAAAGCAGCUUGUUAAAAAUGAAAAGGGUACUGUAAAACAAGCUUACACAAACGCUCCACUGGUAGACAAUGAGCUACUCCGAUUGAGUCUCCGAUUAUUUAAGCGAAAGACUACUUGUCAUGUUCCUGGACAUGAAAAGACUGAGGAUAAUAAACUACCACAGCCCAGUAUCCAACGGGAACUGUGUGUGUCCUAAGACUGGAAGUUCACUAUGACAUUUUUGGUACUAUAUUCCUUCAGCAGUUCAUUAUUUUUCAAAGUUCUUUGAUUUGACAAACAAUAUUCGUGACAAAGGCAGAAAAAAUUCAUCAGCCAUGUUAAGAGUAAAGAAGAACAUUGGUCUUUGGAGACACUAGUUUUGGCUGAUCUUCUAAAAUGAAGAUUUUAUAUUAAUUUUUAUACAGUUCUUUAUCUCAUACAAAAAUAAUGUGAAAGCAUCUAAAUUUAGUAGUUUAGUCCAUACUGUUUGUGAAAAGAGAAAAUUCUGGAAAAUGGUCGUCACUGCUUUUCCAUCCUGUGAAUAUUUUAUAUACAAUGGAAUCACUGAUUUAUAUUCUGGAUCAUCUAUACAGAAACUGAUUAUUCAAAAACAGGGUGUUCAUCAAUGUAAUUGUACCCAUUGUGCAACACCAUAUUGUACAGAACAUUUGAAAGGGAAUGCUGGUGUAGAACAGUGUAUUUGUAGGCAAAUCUUCAGCAGGUGGAAGCCAGAUAUUUUUUUCUUUUAGAAAGUUCUAAAAAAGUUGCUUCAUUGGUCUUUGAUUUUUUUUUUUAAUGUGUGUACAUUCUUACUGUGUAUAUUGAAUAUCUUUGGAUUCUGGUUUUUUUGUUCGUUAUUAGAGGCUGUGUACUAUUUUUAUUUUUAAUAAAUUUACUUUCCCUUUUCUUGUUCUACAUGUACUUUGCUGUUCAUUAAUCAUCU